AUGGGCAAAGAUGGCGGCGGCGGCGACGGGCUGGAGGUGCCGCUGCUGAAGCGGACGUACUACCACGGCAACUGCCCCGGGUGCAGGCUGGAGAAGAGGAACGAGACGCGGAGGGGCGUGCCCUACACAGAGUUCGCCUGCAUGUGGCUCGUCACCGUCUGCUCCACCUUGCCGAUUCAAUCCUUGUUUCCCUUCUUGUAUUUUAUGAUAAGGGACCUGCACAUUGCUAAGCAAGUAGAAGAUAUAGGAUUUUAUGCUGGUUUUGUUGGUGCUUCAUAUAUGCUUGGUAGAGCACUCACCUCUACAUUAUGGGGAAUUGUGGCCGAUAAGCAUGGGAGGAAACCUGUUCUCGUAGUUACCCUUAUUGCAGUAAUUACCUUGAAUACACUAUUUGGACUCAGCUCUAGUUAUUGGAUGGCAUUAACCACAAGAGGUUUGCUUGGGUUGUUGUCUGGUAUGUUGGGGCCAAUUAAGGCUUAUGCUACAGAAGUAUGCCGGAAAGAAUAUAGUCACUUGGCAUUAUCACUUAUUUCUUCCUCACGUGCCAUAGGCCUCAUUGUUGGUCCAGCCAUUGGUGGUUAUCUUGCACAGCCAGCAGAUAAAUAUCCAGGCAUGUUCUCUCAGGAAUAUAUAUUCGGGAGGUUUCCAUAUUUUCUCCCAUGCCUGUGUAUAUCAAUCCUCGCCGUUGCUGCUUUAAUUUCUUGCAUCUGGCUUCCAGAAACUUUACAUAAACACAAUGAAGCGACAUAUUCAAAUAAUUCGAUUGAAGCCAUGGAAGAAUCUCUUUCCGGCUCUAAUGCUGAAGAAAGUAGUGGUGGAUAUUGGAGUUUGUUCACAAACUGGCCAUUGAUGUCUGCUAUCACCGUAUAUUGUCUUUUCUCGCUUCAGGAUGUGGCUUAUGCAGAGGUAUUCUCUCUUUGGGCUGUUAGCGAUAGGAAAUAUGGUGGAUUAAGCUUUACUUCUACAGAUGUGGGCAGUGUCCUUGCACUCUCAGGUCUCUUCCUCCUAAUAUACCAGAUUUUGAUUUAUCCAUCGGUUGCAAAAGCUAUAGAACCUAUCACAUUAGUCCGUGCAACUGCGAUCUUGACAUUACCACUUCUUGCGAGCUAUCCAUUCAUGACUACAUUAUCAGGGUUCAAUCUUCAGUUGGUAGUAAAUUGUGCAUCUUCUCUAAAGAAUUCCUUCCAAGUAACUACCAUCACGGUGUGCAAUAUUUUGAUGAAUGAUGCUGUGAGUCAAGACCUAAGAGCAUCGGCCAAUGGACUUUCUGUAACACUAAUGUCCAUCUUCAAAGCUGUCGCUCCGGCUGUUGCAGGUGUUAUAUUUUCAUGGGCUCAAAGGCGCCAAACUGCUUCAUUUCUUCCAGGAGACCACCUUGUCUUUUUCAUGCUUAACGCAGCCACCGUCGUCGGUCUUAUGUGCACCUUCGGACCACACUUUGCUAGGGGCAGCACGAAGCAUUGA